AUGCCCAGUACAUAUCGUUCACCAGUCGAUGGGCCCCAUCGUGAUUCCGCAAGGCUGCUUUGCGUACCCACAGAAGGAAAACACAAGGAGGAAAAAAAAGGGCCGGCCGAGAUCUCGACCAGGCUUCUGGCAGGUAAAGCGGCGUUUGGCGGCACGCCGUCGCAGGCUGAGGCGGAACUCGGUCGCAUAAUACUCACUGCCUGGACCACGGCACCGGGACACCGUGACAGUCAUGUUGACGCCCUGGGGCGUCCUCAAAUCGGCGACUUCUACGGCUAUAUCGGCGACAUAUCGCAGCCACCUCGCUUUGAGGACCCUUUUUACGGCCGCCUCGGAUCUUAG